GAACCCGGCUGAACUGCCUCCGGUAAUUCUAUAGUCGUUCUUUAUCUACGUUUCUAUGCAGACUAUAACGUAUGCAUCUAGGCGUGCUGAGUUUGUUUGUUUAAUUUCUUCUGGAUUUAAAUUUUGGACUGUCGCCCAGAUCUUGGGAUUUGCUUCUUGAUUUUGAUUUUCUGUUUCAUUUGAGCUCGAUUUUGUUAGCUUGCAGCUGAUCAUUUUUUUGCGGAAAAAUGUCGAUGGUGGACGAGCCACUGUAUCCGAUAGCUGUACUAAUUGACGAGUUGAAGAACGAUGACAUUCAGCUCCGUUUGAACUCCAUACGUAGACUAUCUACCAUUGCACGAGCACUUGGUGAGGAUAGGACCCGGAAGGAGUUAAUCCCAUUUUUAAGUGAGAACAAUGAUGAUGAUGAUGAAGUUUUGCUUGCUAUGGCUGAGGAAUUGGGUGUUUUUAUUCCGUAUGUUGGAGGAGUCGAGUAUGCACAUGUUUUACUACCUCCUCUGGAAACACUGUGUACUGUGGAGGAGACUUGUGUGAGGGAAAAGGCUGUAGAGUCUUUGUGUAGAAUUGGUUCACAGAUGAGGGAGGGUGAUUUGGUUGACUGGUUCGUUCCUCUUGUGAAGAGGCUGGCAGCUGGAGAGUGGUUUACAGCCCGUGUGUCAGCUUGUGGAUUAUUUCAUAUUGCCUACCCUAGUGCUCCAGAUGCAUUGAAGACAGAGUUAAGGGCGAUAUACAAUCAGCUGUGUCAAGAUGAUAUGCCAAUGGUGAGAAGGGCUUCUGCAACUAAUUUGGGAAAAUUUGCUGCUACUGUGGAAGCUGCAUAUCUGAAGACCGAUAUUAUGUCUAUGUUCGAGGAACUUACCCAGGAUGAUCAAGAUUCUGUGCGGUUGCUAGCUGUUGAGGGCUGUGCUGCUCUUGGAAAGUUGUUGGAGCCUGAAGAUUGUGUUGCCCAUAUCCUCCCUGUAAUUGUCAACUUCUCGCAGGAUAAGUCUUGGCGUGUACGCUACAUGGUUGCAAAUCAGCUGUAUGAGCUUUGUGAGGCUGUCGGACCUGAACCUACGAGGACCGAUUUGGUUCCUGCAUAUGUGCGCCUACUCCGAGAUAAUGAAGCAGAAGUGAGAAUAGCAGCUGCUGGAAAAGUUACAAAAUUUUGUCGGAUUCUUAAUCCUGAACUUGCUAUUCAGCAUAUUCUUCCUUGCGUAAAGGAGCUUUCAUCUGAUUCUUCACAACAUGUGAGGUCUGCUUUGGCAUCUGUAAUCAUGGGAAUGGCUCCUGUCUUAGGAAAGGAUGCUACAAUCGAACAACUUCUUCCUAUAUUCCUCUCCCUCUUGAAAGACGAAUUUCCCGACGUCCGCCUCAAUAUUAUUAGCAAGCUAGAUCAAGUCAACCAGGUUAUUGGUAUUGAUUUACUCUCCCAAUCUUUAUUACCAGCCAUUGUUGAGCUUGCAGAGGAUAGGCACUGGAGGGUUCGGCUCGCCAUCAUAGAGUAUAUUCCUUUAUUGGCUAGUCAGUUGGGCAUGGGAUUUUUCGAUGAUAAGCUGGGUGCACUUUGCAUGCAGUGGCUACAGGACAAGGUUUACUCUAUCCGGGAAGCUGCAGCUAAUAAUUUGAAGCGUUUGGCAGAAGAAUUUGGUCCGGAAUGGGCAAUGCAGCACAUAAUUCCCCAGGUUCUGGACAUGGUGAACAGUCCGCAUUAUUUGUACCGGAUGACUGUUCUUCAAGCAAUAUCACUACUGGCUCCUGUGAUGGGUUCCGAGAUAACCUGCUCUAAAUUAUUGCCUGUUAUCAUAACAGCAACAAAGGAUAGGGUGCCGAACAUCAAAUUUAAUGUGGCUAAGGUAUUGCAAUCCAUGAUCCCCAUCGUUGAUCACUCCGUUGUUGAGAACAACAUUCGGCCCAGUUUGGUAGAGCUUGCAGAGGAUCCUGAUGUUGAUGUCCGUUUUUUCGCCAAUCAGGCUCUUCAGUCGAUCGAUCAAGUCAUGAUGUCAAGCUAGAUAAGUUCACACGUCUGGUUAGCAGUGAAGUCUGUUUCUAUUCACAUGUCCUUCCGUUAGUGGUUUUGAGUGGUUGAUUUGUUUGGACCCGAAAGGUUUUUUUCACAUCUUAUAUACUAUUUGGAUUCUCAUUUUUAUGUUGCUUUAGUUUUUACAACCCUGGCUUAGUCCAUGUGCUUAUUACUUACUAGUGUUGUAUUUCUUGAUUGUAAACAGCAGACGAGAGCUUCUGAAGAAGCUCAAUGGUAACUUUAAGGUUUCUUUUCUUUAUGCGCUCAGUUUUUUUAGACAUCUCGACCUACUGUUGUGUAGAAUUUACUCUAUUAUAGAGUAGAAGAUGUCAAAAUUUAACUUUCGUUACUAGUUUUUUGCGCUACACUACUCAAC